AUGCUGCGCUCUUUACUUUCCUUGGGCCGCACAGGCGUCAAUGAGUACUUCAUACCCAAGGUGAACCCUAAAGAAGAUGGCCCCGACUGCUCAAACGAUUGCGCCGACUGCACAAUACAAUUUCCGUCAAAGGUCAAAGUCGAAAAUCUAAGGCCCUUGUAUGGCCAUAUUAAGGAAUUUCACUCCCAUGUUCUCGUGGCAACGGGACAAUCAGAUUGGAAGGAAAAGGUCGAAAAAGAGUCAGGAAGUUUGAUGGAAGCAUUUGAUUCAGCGAAAUCAGAGCUCGGUCGCAUCAUGGUCUCAGCAUCAAACAUCAACCCUCCCGGCGAUUCAAUCGCAGAGAAAGGCCUCACUAAAGCAACCACGGUGCUCAUUCUACCAUCCUUCACGUAUAUUGACUCCGUUACGCAAAAAGACGUACCAAACCUAAUCACCCAACACAUCGACCACCCCACCAACCAGCAAAGCGAAAACGUCACCGUCUCUUCCGAAGGGUCGAUGAGCGCUCGACCUUGCGAACUGGACUACGUGAUUUUGUUGUGCUCACACCGAAGGCGAGACGCGCGCUGCGGUAUCACGGCCCCACUGAUCAAACGCGAACUUGAACGACAUCUUCGCCCGCUGGGGCUGGACCGAGACUCAGAUGACUCGCGACCUGGCGGAGUGGGCAUCUUCUUCGUGUCGCAUGUCGGCGGGCACAAAUUCUCCGCGAACGUAUUGAUAUAUCGCAAGAAAGACCAGCAGAUGAUCUGGCUGGCGCGUGUCAGGCCGGAGCAUUGUGAGGGAAUUGUCAAGUAUACUGUUCUGCAGGGGAAGGUUGUACAUCCCGAGUCGCAGUUGAGGGGUGGGUUUGAUCGAGCACGGGGGCUGACCAGUUGGUGA